UGAGAGAAGGCGGGCUCAGUCUGCUGCGUCGACUCGGCCGGGCAGCAGCGUUUCGAGAGGGAAGGUCUUUCGCCGCCGCCGCCGCCGCUUCUGCUUCUGCCUCCCCUCCAGGCCUCCUGCCGGCCAUGGUUUCCUUGCUCUGCUGCGGGCCGAAGAUGGCCGCGUGCGGGAUCGUGCUUAGCGUCUGGGGCGUCAUCAUGCUGGUCCUGCUGGGGAUCUUCUUCAACGUCCACUCGGCCGUCCUGAUCGAAGAUGUCCCCACCAAGGAGGAGGACUUCAAAGGUGGCCCAAGCCGGAUCUACGGUCUCUACGAACAAGUCAGCUACAACUGCUUCAUUGCGGCCGGCCUCUAUGUUCUCCUGGGGGGCUUCUCCUUCUGCCAAGUGCGCCUCAACAAACGGAAGGAGUACAUGGUCCGCUAAGGACCUGCCCCCUCUGACUCCUCCUCAUUUUUGGAGGGGCUGAUGACUGUGGCUUCUCUUGCAGGACCCUCCUCCCCAUCUUGUAUUUUUUUUUUAACAGCCCUGGCCUCCAUUCUGGGCUACAGAAUGUUUCUUUUCCACCAUGACACCCUCGGGCUUCUAAACUUGAUUUUGGCUCAGAUGGACUAGUCAGGGUUGGUGGUUGGGGAAAAGUUAAUUCUGUUUAUGUCAUGGGCAUUUGGGCUGUAGAGGGGAGGGGGUUCCUUGCUAUACUUGGAUUACACAACAGCCCCACUUUCCCCAUCACAAAGGCCCAGGGAGCAGCAUCCCGUGUCCAGGGUAUGUUGCUGCUUUGGUUGGCAAGACCUGGAUUUCAGUGUUGUGUAAAUAGUGUGGACACUCCUCGUUCUGUUCCUGCUGUCCCCAUCUCCCACCCCCACCUGAGAACAGUGAAUAAACACCCACCCACUCUUACCAGUCUCCAGCAGACAGUAACAGGAUCUCCUGCCUGCUGUGUCAGGUGCUUUGCUUCACACAGUGCUAUAGCUGGUCUGCUCCAGUCCCUAUCCCUGUCAUGUUCUGGUUCUGUUUUUGAUGUCCAUCGUCAUUGUUUGUUGUGUAAACGUGUAAUUCUUACUGGCUGGUAAGGACUGGGACUGUGUGUGCAUGUGCAGUGGGGGGGGGGAGCAUCCCUGUGAAUAGGACCAAAAUAUGACUUGUAAAAAAACCCCGCCUGUUGCUGUUUCUGGUGUUUGGAGGUGCAGCUCAGAGGUCUGUGUUCCUUUUGUGGUGGAGGUGACCGCCACUCCUGCCCCAGGAAGUCAAAGCUGCUCUGAAGACUGCUGCUCAGGGGAGUGGGUUGAAGAGCCCUCUGUUUGCAACCAAGACCCUAGUAGUAACGGACUUGGCCCACUUUCAUCUCAGGUGGAAGGAGAAGGAGGUGCAACUCUGGCUGUACAUUGGUGGGAUCUGUAGCAGCAGCAGUUUCCCUGCACAAAGGGGUGGAUAUUUUGAAAGUAGUCCGCUAUUUCUCUAGACAUACGUGCAAUAAAUAGCAUUUGAAUCUC